UUUCUUUUCUUUCUCGUUUCUAUGGAUAUUUUUCCUUGUACUACUCCUCUCUAUGGUCUUCUUCUUCGUCGUUCAUUUCAGAGAAGUUCUAAGAUUUACAUUUGAUCUAUGAAGAAUCUAUAAAAAAAGGAAUUAGCUUUCAUCAUCAAGUCUCUCUCUUGAAAACCCUCCUCUGGUUCCGUUUGAUCUGAGACAAGAAGAGAUUUAUAGCUUUGAUAGAAGAAAAGUGACAGCUUUUGAUAAUUGUGGAUGGGUGCCCCAAAGCAGAAGUGGACACCAGAAGAAGAAGCAGCUCUUAAAGCUGGAGUACGUAAGCAUGGGACUGGAAAGUGGCGUACCAUACUCUCGGAUCCUGAGUUUAGUUUAGUCUUAAAGUCUCGCUCUAAUGUUGAUCUUAAGGAUAAGUGGAGAAAUAUAAGCGUGACAGCGUUAUGGGGUUCAAGGAAGAAGGCUAAACUUGCGCUUAAAAGGACUCUACCGGCUAUUAAACUGGAUGAUAACAACACAGCUCUUAGCAUUGUGGCUUUGGCUAAUGACGAUGAACGGGCAAAUCCAACUUCACCUGGACGUUCUGGUGGUGGAUCACCACGAGCUUGUGCUUCAAAGAGAUCAAUUACAAGUUUGGAUAAGAUCAUCUUGGAGGCAAUUACCAACUUGAAGGAACUACGGGGUUCUGACAGAACAUCAAUCUUUAUGUAUAUAGAGGAGAAUUUCAAGACUCCGCCGAAUAUGAAAAGGCAUGUGGCAGUAAGAUUAAAGCAUUUAUCAUCGAAUGGAUCAUUAGUUAAGAUAAAGCACAAGUACAGGUUGUCUUCUUAUUUUAUGACCGUAGGAGCAAGACAUAACCCUCCUCAACCCAUUUUGGAAGAAAACAACAAGAAAGACCCACCAAAACCCGAGGAGAACGGCGCCAACAGUCUCACUAAGUCCCGAGUAGACAAUGAGUUACUUAUGAUAAAAGGUAUGACAGCUCAAGAAGCUGCGGAAGCUGCAGCAAGAGCAGUUGCAGAGGCAGAAUUUGCUAUCACAGAGGCCGAAGAAGCAGCAAAAGAGGCAGAAAGAGCAGAAGCUGAAGCUGAAGCUGCUCAGAUCUUUGCUAAGGCAGCCAUGAAAGCUUUGAAGUUCAGGAUCCGUAAUCAUACUUGGUAAAACAGAAAGAAACAACCAUCAUGGGGAAGUUCUAUAACAGAGCAAGCCAUAAUAUAUAUACAUAGGGGUUUUACCGGUUUCUUAUUUCAGUCUCGAGUUGGGAGAUUUCUCAUCACCUGCAGAGUUUAAAAGUUUCCAUACCUUUCUGCUCUUUUUUGGUUAGUAGCAAUGUAAAUCCGCAGUUUGAUCGCAUAUAUGUUCUUUUCUCCGAGUCUCUGAGAUUCUGUAAAACUGAUCUUUUAUUAUAUGUGGAUGAUCUGUUAAGUAACCUUGAAACUGGGUUGAGGAGAGAUGAAUAAGCAGAUAAGUUAAGAUUUUGUUUAA